GAUACCUCAUUAAAAAAGAAAUAUUUCAAAAGGGAGGAACGAGCGCAAACUAAGCUCGUAGAGGUGUUCAUAGUCAUUUUUUUUUUUUGCUUGGAAAAACUUUGAAGAGGCGGGAAGAGAGCGAACACGCCAAGCCGAUGAGGCUCGAAUCGGACAGAAUGGACCUCGUGAAGAAGCUGUGGAGCGCGCGGAAGCUCAUUCUGGUUGUCCUCAUCCCACUGUCCCUCCUCCCGCUGCCACUCAUCCAUCCCACGAGUGAGGCGUCAUGCGCAUAUGUGCUGAUGGUGACAGCGGUGUACUGGGUGUCAGAGGCCGUGCCCCUGGGAGCCGCUGCACUCGUACCCGCGUUCCUCUACCCACUGUUUGGGGUUCUCAAGUCCAGCGAGGUGGCCGCAGAGUACUGCAAGGACACCACGCUGCUUCUCAUGGGGGUCAUCUGCCUGGCCGCAUCAAUUGAGAAGUGGAACCUGCACAAGCGCAUCGCCCUGCGUAUGGUCAUGAUCGCUGGGGCAAAGCCUGGCAUGCUGGUUCUGGGUUUCAUGUGUUGCACCGUCUUCCUCUCCAUGUGGCUGAGCAACACCUCCACCACUGCCAUGGUGAUGCCCAUCGCAGAGGCCGUGCUCCAGCAGCUCAUCAGUACCGGAGUGGCUGACGCCCAGGAGGACUAUGACAACAUCGAGAGCCCCGAGGAAGACAGCGAUAAAGAAGAAAAUCUGGACAAAAAUCAGCUUGAGCUUCUGUACCGCAGAGAAAGCUACCUGAAGAAAGAGCUCAGCACCUUGGGAGAGGACUCCAAUGGCCUGGCACUGAAGCUCAGUGGCAGCCAGGAGGUCCUAAAAGAGAAUAACGGAUAUCUACCACAGACAGCUGUCACCAUCCCAGAGCCAGAGAAACCCCUGGACCGCAAAGACUCACCAUACCCAACCAAGCGGGACCACAUGAUCUGCAAGUGCCUGUCUCUCAGCAUCACCUAUGCUGCCACCAUUGGGGGUCUAAUCACUAUCACUGGCACUUCUACCAACCUCAUCUUUGCUGAGCACUUCAACAGUCGUUACCCUGAUGCAAAAGUGAUCAACUUUGGUACCUGGUUCAUCUUCAGCCUGCCCAUCUCCAUCAUCAUGCUAAUUCUGACCUGGGUGUGGCUCCACUUCCUCUUCUUGGGCUGCAAUUUCAAGGAGACGUGUUCCCUUAGCAAAAAGCGAAAGACCCGGAGAGAAGAGCUGUCCGAGAGGCGCAUUCAGAAGGAGUACUCAAAGUUGGGCCCUAUCAGCUACCCCGAGAUUGUGACAGGCAUCUUCUUCAUCCUCAUGACCCUACUCUGGUUCACCCGAGAGCCAGGCUUCGUACCAGGGUGGACCUCACUGUUUGAGAAGAAGGGCUACCGGACCGAUGCCACCAUCUCAGUCCUGCUUGGCUUCCUGCUGUUCCUCAUUCCAGCGCGGAAGCCCUGGCCAUCAGCGUUUUCUGACAGGAGCAAAGAAAAGAACUCUGAGAAGGACAGCAAUCCUGACCCCUUGGCCCCCAUGAUCACAUGGAAAGACUUCCAGAGUUUGAUGCCCUGGGAGAUUGUCAUCCUAGUAGGUGGGGGCUACGCCCUAGCAGCUGGCUGCAAGGUGUCAGGACUGUCGGUGUGGAUCGGACGGCAGCUAGAGCCUAUGAACGGCCUACCCCCCUGGGCAGUCACCCUGCUGGCCUGCCUGCUGGUCUCCACGGUCACAGAAUUUGCCAGCAACCCCGCCACACUCACAGUCUUCCUGCCCAUCCUGUCCACACUGUCAGAAACUCUGCAAAUAAACCCCCUCCACACCCUGAUUCCCUGCACCAUGUGUGUGUCAUUUGGGGUCAUGCUGCCAGUGGGAAACCCCCCAAAUGCCAUUGUCUUCAGCUACGGGCACGUUCAGAUCAGCGACAUGGUGAAGGCGGGUUUCGGGGUGAACCUGAUCGGAGUCAUGGUAGUGAUGCUCGCCAUCAUGACGUGGGGCGUCCCCCUCUUCCAGCUCACCGAGUUUCCGGACUGGGCGAUUGUCAGAAACGUUACCGACAGCUUAUAGCCACAAGCGGACGACCGAACACGGACGGGAAAUGGAGUUUGUAACCCGAAUGCAGAUCUCAGCGCAGAGGGGACGGAGGCAGCAUCUCCCACAGAGGACUCCAUAAUUAACAGGACUGGCAAUGCUCAAAACCUGAAAACGCUUUCAGUCGUCACGUUGGCAGAUUGAUCAGGCCUGACGAGUGGCAGGAUGGGAAUGGAGAAUAGAGGAGAACAGGGAAUAAAGAAAGCAGAAGGGGGACACUAAUUUGCUCAGAAUUGCGCUGCAGGGUCACACAGGAAAUGCUUACAGAUGAUUUGUACCUCUUGGUGUCUUCUUUUGCCAGAAAAUAGUUUGCAUCAGUUCAUGUUUAACUUGUUGAAAUCAUGUGCCAUAGGUAACCACACCCCGAUCAGCAACAUAAACUUCUUAUAUAUUGUCAGCUUAGCAUGACCAGUAGAAGAGUAGCUGGAGUGUCUUUUAUAUUUCAUUUCAUCCACUGGAAAUUGUGCACCCAAACAGUACGGCUUUCACGCAGUUCCUCUUUUUUUGUCAAGAGAAGUAUUAAAUAUAUAUUUCAAUAUGAUAUCAGACCACAACUAAGAUACCCUUUUAAUCAUUCAUGAUUUUAAGUGCAUACAUAAGUUCAUACCCAAGGUACAAAAUGGGUUACCAGGCGUACCUGUAAUUCUCCCAUGUUUGUGGCAUGUAUAUAGCUGCUUAAGAUUGUCUUGAAACAUUUUUACUCAGAAUUAACUGAGAUCUUUUGUACUUGUUCACGAUAUCAACAAAUAUAUAGGAGAAAAAAAGAGAAAUGUUUUAAAUUUAUUCAGCAGGGGUAUUUUUCACCCUGCACAGGAGCGCAGAUACUACAAGGCCUUUCCCUUUUUUAUGUGUCAGCUUUCGCCUCUAAAAAUCACAAUAACCCACGAUGCGCACUUAGCGGCACAAAAAUGACUUAAUGAAGGCACAUUGGUUUAAACACUGACACUAAUAAAU